AUGAUCAACACCAAUUUUCCCCAAGUUCUGGCCGCUACUGACGACAUCGGGUUCGAGUCCAUGCGAAGUGACGCCACAAACAUUACUAGUGCCGGGCUGAAUACGCUCUACCUCCAAGCAAAGUCUACCUCUACACCGUCUCUCCUAGUCGAAGUCUCGCCUUCUGAUUCGACGAGAAAAGCGGUCAAUAAUCUAGAACGGUGUCUUCGGGACAUUGGACCAGAGUCUGGCAUUGGCAUCUCUCCUGCAGAUUUCGGUGAUUACGGAUCUGCCGUCAACAAUAAUCCCACAAAUAGUAACCUUCUCGCUCCUCCUUCUCUAAGUGGGCUUAAUGAAAAUCAGUGGAGCUUGAAUUCCAGUCUAGAGGCGGAAGAAGAUGGUGUUCUGGCAGAAGAGGACCCAUGUAAAAUAUUAGUCUAUACCACACCAGAAAAGCGCGUUGAACGCCAACUCUACUCCCUGGAUGGCAAUCGUCGUUCUUCCUUUGAAAGUGUCUACUCUCCUCCCGUUGUUUCCGAACAGGUUGUCCUCGAGGUGAUUCACCAGACCACUCCAAAAGCAACUGUCCUACUUCAAGACGACAAAACUGAAGUACGUCCUGCGAAAGAAAUCUCUCCUCCUCCGAGAAUGCGUCAAAAGUUCGGCGCUGUUACCCCUCCUGCCACUUCGGUAACCACAUCGAUCAGUGAAAUUAUCUCCAGUCCACCCACUGAAACGGCUCUUCCUUUUCUUGACAAGAAAGAAAACGACCAUGCGGAGGAACAAAGCAAUGAGGAAACGGAGGUUUCAACAACCCGAUCAGCUGCAACACUGGGAAAAAAGUGUGUGUACCAGAGUGGGAACCAAUCAGAACGAAGUGACGCGAAGAAUGGACGCAGUGCUGCUGUUACAACUACCAUAACAGUGCCUAUUCCUGGUAAUCUGCAACCAACCACCGAGGAGAAAAUUGUUCCAAAGCCCCGCAUUCAAAACAUUGUCUCGAGAUCACGACGCAUGGAGAACGAGGAGGAUUACGAGUGGGCCAAGAAGGUUCAACAGAUCGCUCAAUGGCAAGCGGAUGUAAAUUUGGCGAUGCAGGGAGUUAGCAAUGGAGCAUUUAUUGCCUCCCCGGUGGAAGAUAGUGUGGAUGAUGAGGUCUCCGAUGUACAACGACCAAAGCCCUUAAGGCGAAAGAAUCUGCAGCAAGUGCCACUUCAUCAACAACAACAACGAUAUCCGACCAUGGUAACUUCAAGCAUAUUUCAAUAUCAACCGAAGCCUUUCAGCGGCAAUAAGUUGGAGAGCACGAAACAUCUCCUUCAACCACAACAACAGCAGCACGAGAACCCGUACGAGAGCAGUAGGAGGGACGACAUGUUUUCUCGACGAUUUGGUGGCGCCCAAAAUCAGGUGUACAGCCCAUCCCCCAGACUUCCAAACUCUACGAGCCCGUUUCCAACAUAUUCACAAAAUGGCCCGAGAUAUUCCCAGACGGCCAAACCUUCGCGUGAAAAUGUCACCUACCAGGUGUAUGACUCGACAACUCCCAACGGCAGACACUCAUCUCCCUCUACACAAUUCCAGCCAAAAGUCAACCUAGUGGUACCCUGUCCGAGGACGGUGGUAGCGAGGCCCUCCGCGCUCGGCGGUGAUGCGUUCACGCCGUGUCCACGACCCUGCCUCUCGGGUUAUGCGGAAGCACUCAGUCUAGCAACUGCUGCAAAUAAUGCGGUGGCAGAAGCCUUCAACAGACGUGGUGGUUGUCACGCUCCCACAGCCAAACACCACCACCACCGCAAACCGACCGCGGCGUCAGUGAUGCGCACCGCACCUAAUUACUGCACGCCCGCGCAAUGCACAGCCUCCGGUUGCUCGGGAAACUUCCAUUUGAAUGCUUCGACUGCCUGCAUGAGAUGCUCGCGUAAUUGUGGAGAAAUUUUUUUUCAAUUCCUACUUACUAAUAAAUGUCCCUUUGUAUAG